AUGACGGAUGUUUUAAGGCCACACAGUGGUGAUUUCCUUGAUGGCUUGGAUCUAAAUGACCCCAAUUACAUAAGAGAUCUUUUAAGGCCGGCAGCCAUCAAGGAAGAUGUAAAGCUAAUGGAGCAAAGGCGUCGUGUUUCACUCAUUCUGCACUCUGCAGAUUUUCGGAAAGAGUUGGAAAAGAUUGUUGCAUCGCAAAUGCGUGAUGGUGUUCUUAGUCCUAAUGUUUUGGCUCUUAAAUACCUUGUUGACGUUCUUACUCCCCAUGCAAAGCUUGGUUCUUCUGCAUUUUCAAAGGGUGCAACAGUGCCAGUUAUUCCAAUCAAUGAUUUACAUUCUCAAAAAGUCACUUAUUCGAAACCAGAGAAAGUUAUCCGUUGCAAAGUUGCAUCAACGUAUCGAUUAGUUGAUAUUUUCGGUUGGUCUUCGGGAUCAAAGAGCCAUAUUUCUGCCAAGGUGUUUAAAGACGGUGAUUCGUAUCUAUUUAACCCUCAAGGACUUCUAUUCAACGAAAUCACAGCUUUGUCUCUUCUAAAAGUGGAUAUAAGGGGAAGUAUUAUUGAUGGUGGAUCAAAUGGUUUGGGUAUUGAUAAACAAGGAUGGAGGUUGCAUGCUGCCGUUCACGAAGCUCUGCCAGCGAUCAGAUGUGUUAUUCAAUUGAAUACUCCACCUACAAUCGCAAUCUCAUGCAUGAAAUCCGGCCUUCCACCAAUCAGCCAAGAAGCAAUGAUGUUGGGCACCGCUGCCACGUACGAUCCUUCUAGUAUCGAUCCACUUUUGCAGGGUGAGGAACGCAACGCGGCGGAAACUGCUGCAAUUGCUGCAUGCCUGAAAAACGCCGCUGACGGAGACCCACGCAUUCUGAUUAUUCGGAAGUAUGGAAUCUUGGCAAUGGGAAAAUCUGUUGAGGAAGCCUGGAUGGCUGCUUAUCUCGUUGUCUCCGCUUGUGAGGCUCAGCUUCGACUGGCCUGUGUAGGCAGUGACGAUUUAGUUAUGCCUACAGCAGGUGUAAUCGAUGAUAAUCAUCAAGCCAUGAUGAACGCAACUACAGGGGGUCAAGGAUCCGCAACCGAUCGCAAUUGGCGUCCGGGAGAACUCGAAUUUGAAGCGAUGAUGCGUCGUCUGGACGCCGCCGGUUAUCGUACAGGUCACCUCUACCGUGUGGGUCAAGUCCAUCCCAGUGUUUCCUCUCGUUCCCAUUGCAUUCCGGAAGACAGCCUAGACGGUUCUCGAGUUACUCAUGCUAGACGAGCAGCUAGUCUAGGUCGCAGUUUCAGGGGUGAUGUUGAAAUCCCACCAGCUGCAAGCUCAUUUGCUGCCAAUUACUACAAAGACGAUGCCACUAGGAUCAAAGAAGCAGCCACAUAUAGGGCUAAGACCCUUUCACUGCAACGCAGUCACUUUUCUAACACACCCAACGCCUAUAAGAAGGAGGAAAUCGAGGAAGUGGGUACUGCGAAUCCCAAGAAAAUUACUCAUUGGAUUGAAGGAGCGACAAAGACAACUGGUGGUACUCUGUUGGCUAGUGAAGAUCCGAAUCAGUUUGCACCGCAGGGCGCUGAUCCUAGAGAGUUGAAAGAAAAUUUGAAGAAGGUUCGAGACAAGUACUACAAAGAUGUUCUCACCGCCGGUCCCAAAUCGAAGAUUCUAGAAGGUCUUGGCUUGGAUGAUGACGAUGAUCAACUUGUUCCUGACACUCGUGAUGGCACAAUGUCUCCUGCUCGUGUUGUCAGUCCGCGUGGAACUCUACUACGUCUUGAUCCUGCCAACCCACCUACCCUAGAGCCUGGGCAUGUUGUCGUUGUGGGUGCUGUUAGCAAAGGUAUUAUCAAUCGCGAUCAGAGACAUAACGUUGGUCUCUUCCAAUCCGUCUUCUCUCCAAAUCCUUUCGACCAAGUAACUGACGAUGAAUUGGAGCGCUACAAACGUAACGUGGAACGCAAGGCCAAGGGACUUCCCACUGAAGAGGAGGAAGAAGAAAUGGAACGAAGAAAACGCGCUGCCACUCUGGAAGCUGCCUCCAAGACAUCUCCUCAAAGGCAAGUCGGUGACAUCGAACAUGAAGGAAUACUUUCCGAUACCAGUGUGGAUGCUGGUCAACGAAGCUUUGAUGAUUCUAAAAUCAGCCGCAAGAAGCGCCGCUUCAAGAUGCCGUCAUUCGCUCGAAAGGGCAAGGAUAAGAAGAAGGGAGGUGCCUCUAGUUCCAAAGAGAUAUCGAACCAAGGUGAUACCUCAAAGUAG